AUGUCCGAGAUCAAGACCAUCGCCUUCUUCGGCGCCUCCGGCGGCUGCGGCCUCGCGGCCCUCAAACACGCCCUCGCCGCCGGCCGGACCUGCAUCGCGCUGUGCCGCAACCCUUCCAAGCUCACCGACGUCCUGCCCCCGGCCGAGCACCCCAACCUCGUCGUCAAGCAGGGCAACGCGCACAACGCCGCCGACGUCGCCGCGUGCCUCGUCAGCCCGGCCGACCCCGCGCGCCUCGUCGACGCCGUGAGCUCCAGCAUCGGCAGCCCGCUCCACGUCGCCCGGAUGACGGUCGAGGACCCGGACGUGUGCAAGAACGGCGCCGCGGCGCUGCUGUCGGCGCUGGCAACGCUCCGGGCGCGGGGAGUCGAGGGGCAGCCGCGGCUGGUCGUGGUCUCGACGACGGGCAUCUCGGCGCACGCGCGGGACGUGCCGCUGCUGCAGGUGCCCAUGUACCACAUCCUGCUGCGGGCGCCGCAUGCCGACAAGAAGGCCAUGGAGCAGAGGGUCGCGGCGAGCGGCGAGGACUACACGUUUGUGCGGCCCGCGUUCCUGAGCGACGGCGCCGUGCCGGAGCGGGCGAUCCGCGUGGGCGUGGAGGACCCGGAGAACGGCGUCGAGAGCAGCGCUGUGGGGUACGGGAUCUCGAGGGAGGACGUUGGGCGGUGGAUUUUCGAGAACGUGCUGAGGGAUGGAGGGAGGGAGUAUGCGAGGAAGGCUGUUUCUAUUACUUGGUGA